ACAAGAAGACGUGUACAUGCAGUUUAAAUGUAGACUCCUUUAAGGACCCAGCUGUUUGUGUAGUUCUCAGGGUCAGCUCUGUGCAGAGAUGAGUCCCACGAGCAAUCAUCAAUGGCUUUUUCUUUCUAUUCUGAUCUUGCUGGUUGUAUCCUUCGGUGCUCAUUUUUCAGAAGGAGUAGAUACCAUUUACGCCGGCCAAUCUCUCUCGGGGAAUCAAACGAUAACCUCCCAAGGAGGAGUUUUUGAAUUGGGCUUCUUCACACCAGGUAACUCUUGGAAUUAUUACAUUGGCAUAUGGUACGUAUGGCCGCUACCCACCAAAACAGUGGUUUGGGUAGCCAACAGGAAUCGACCUGUCUCUGAUUCAUCUUCUUCAGAGUUAAAACUGUUUGAAGAUGGAAACCUAGUCCUGCUAGAACAAUCCAAGACUCGUAUUUGGUCGACAAACUCAUCGACCUCAAGCUUCGGUAAUUCAACCGUGGCUAUGCUUCUUGACAAUGGAAAUUUUAUUGUUAGAGAUGCAUUGGAUUCCGCUAAUGUGAUAUGGCAGAGUUUCGAUUACCCAACUGACACGUGGUUGCCCGGCGGGAAGGUUGGAUACAGCAAUGUUAGAAAGCAGAAACAAUUUCUGACUUCCUGGCAAAGCUGGGAAAAUCCAGAACCAAGUCUCUUUUCUCUUGAGGUAGAGCCAAGCUCAAGCAACAUAUUGGUGUGGAAUGGUUCAAAUAUGUACUGGAAUAGUGGGGUGUGGGAUGGGAGAGUUUUCAGCUCUGUUCCUGAAAUUGCAAGUGACUACUACAUAAAAAAUGUCACGUAUGUUGUGAAUGAGAAUGAAAGUUAUUUCACCUAUGAGGCUGGAUUCCCCACUGCUCUCACUAGAUUCGUGGUCGACGUGACCGGGCAGAUCAAGCAAUUUGUAUGGCGAAAAGACUCCACUUACUGGCAGUUGUUCUGGACUCGACCCACAUUGCAGUGUGAAGUUUAUGGUUUCUGUGGUGCAUUUAGUAGCUGCAGCCAAACCGCUCAAGUCUGCAGUUGCAUUCAGGGAUUUGAACCAAGGACCCCGGCAGAUUGGCAAUUGGAAGAUUUCUCGGAUGGCUGCAUAAGACAAAGUCCUUUAGAGUGUGCAAAUGGACGAAAUGACACAUUUUCCCUGGUGUCAAACACCCUUUUUCCUGGGAAUUCACAGUCCCUAGCAGCUGGGAAUUUUGAUGAGUGCCAACUAGCUUGCUUGAGAAACUGUUCAUGCACUGCUUUUGCAUCCGAUGAUGGGUGCUUUAUUUGGAAUGGGGCUCUAUUGAAUCUGCAGGAACUCUCAUCUGGAAAAGACCUUUAUGUUAGAGUUGCAAAAUCUAAGCUGGUGGUCCCCGGGGUUAACUCAAGUAAGGGCGGCAAGACAGAGAAAAAGACUGCCUGGAUUGUUCUUGGAGCGGUCUGUUUCUUCUUCGCCUUCCUUGGCGGUAUCUCGAUGAUCAUUUGGAGGAAAAGGCAAACAGCCACGGCGACUACCUUUGAGGCUGCCGAGGACUCCUUGCUUGUGUUCAAGUUCCGGGAUAUUCGUGCCGCAACAAAGAACUUCUCGGAAAAGCUCGGGGAAGGCGGUUUUGGUUCUGUUUUCAGAGGGACAUUGCCAAACUCAAGUGCGGCAAUAGCAGUGAAAGUGUUAAAAACCCAGAGGCAAGAAGAGAAGCAGUUUCGUGCAGAAGUGAACACCAUUGGGAUGAUUCAGCACAUAAACCUAGUCCAUCUUCGAGGCUUUUGCGUCAAAGGAACACAAAGGCUUCUCGUUUACAAUUACAUGCCAAAUGGUUCCCUGGAGUCUCACUUGUUUAAGAAGGGUUCAAAUAUUUUGGACUGGAAAGCGAGAUACAACAUAGCAAUUGGGACUGCUAGAGGCUUGGCUUAUCUUCAUGAAAAAUGUAGAGACUGCAUCAUACACUGCGACAUAAAGCCUGAGAACAUACUGUUAGAUGCUGUUUACAACCCAAAAGUGGCUGACUUUGGCCUGGCAAAGCUCGUGGGAAGAGAGUUCAGCCGAGUUCUGACAACCAUGAGAGGAACCAGAGGCUACCUGGCCCCAGAAUGGAUAUAUGGAGAUGCCAUCACCCCAAAAACCGAUGUUUUUAGCUACGGUAUGAUGUUGUUUGAGAUCAUAUCAGGAAGAAGAAACAUAGAAGGGUUGGAGGGUGAAGUGGUGGAGUACUUCCCAUAUCAAGUAUCGUCUAGAUUGAUGAAUAGAGAGGAAAUUCUCGUGGCAUUGUUGGAUCAUAGAUUACAGGGUAAUGCUGAUGUUGAAGAGCUUAGUAGAGCUUGCAAGGUUGCUUGUUGGUGCAUUCAGGAUGAGGAGAAGGAUAGGCCAAGCAUGGGGCAAGUUGUCCAAGCUCUAGAGAAAGUUCAACCAAUUGGAAUCCCUCCCAUUCCUAGGUUUCUCCAAGGUAUCAUGGAUGACAUAAAAUAAACCUUUGUGUUUCAACACACGUCAUCGUCUGUUACCUCAGUCAAAUUUUUAUAAGUUCAUGUGAUGUGUAUUUGACAUUUUUAAUUUUUGUUUCAAGUCGUCAUAUGGAACACAUGCACUUUCGUUUCUAAAACUACUUUUUCUUCUAUAUUUUUAUUUUCAAUAAAUUGAGUAAAAAUGGCAUUCCAAUGCGUACUUUUUAGCACAAGAACUAUUUUCAUAGCCUAAUGUGACAUUUUUAAUUAUAAAAGAACAAUUCUAAAUUUACUUAUUUUUUAACAUAAAAAUUGUUUCGUGAUUAGUCUUGAUCAAUGUUUCAAAACAAAGGAUUCUGGUUCUGGAACCGAAACCAAACCAUCCAUACCCCUAUGGUUCCGAUUUCGAUUUGAACUGAAAUUAUAGUAUAUUACAAAUCCUAAAAUGUUCAAUAGAAAUCGUUUUGAACUAAUUUUAAGAGUGGUUUCAGAAAAAUAUUUAGCCGAAGGAUUUAAAGUAUUUUGACAAUAAUUAACAACUCUUAUUUUUUCACAAAAACUAAAAAUAAAAUAAAAGUUCAGUAAAAAUCAUUUUAACUAUUUCUUUUCUAUCUUUUCCUCAUAAUAAACAAAAAGAGAAAAGGGAUUAGAAGUUGGAAAUCUGAUUACUUGAGAUUAUGUCUUGCCAAGACCCACUUGAGUCUCAUAUCCACCAUCAUCUUAGUCUUGAGUUGUUGUCCAUAAUAGUUGCAAAUAACUUGUAUAGAACUAUUUGUUAAAUAAAU